AAAGUCACCAAACUUGUUUGUCCACCAGUCAGCCUGUGACUGAUCUGUCCCCGAUACCUUCAGUCAGCCUGCCAGACCAGCUGCAACAACAUCAGACAACAGGCAGAGCUUCAGGAACCUGUGUGACGAUGACAUUCCAGGGACUUUUAGCUGUGUGGACUCUCUGUCUGGUUUGUGUGAGAGGCUGGGAGGCUCCAUGGUUCUGUCAUGGAAACAACUGCCCUGAGUUCACAGUUGUUCAUACCAAUGAGGACUUCGAAGAACGUUUCUACAGCGCUUCUCAUUGGAUCACCGUAGACGUCGCCAUCCCUAACAAAGAGGAAGUUACAAAGGCGCUUUGGACACUCUAUUAUUACAGCAAAGGAGAAAAUGAAGAAAAGGCCAAUGUAGACCUGCCCUGGCCUAGCAUUAUCCUAAUGGAGGGGGAUGGUGAUGAGAAACAUGGGUCUGUGUCCUGGCCAGUUCCUCCAGGGACCCAUCUGCCCAAACCUAGCAAUGCCACCAUCAAGGAGACGGACAUACCUGCUGGCACAGUUUAUGUCAGGAGCUUUGGUGGGGUGGCAUCUGAAGCUGAUGCCUAUGAUAAUGUAGAUCAGCUGAAGGCUUCUCUUGAGGCUGCAGGGAAGAGUUUCAACCCAGAUAGGUUUGUGGCAGCUGGGUAUGACCCCCCUUUACGAGUGAUCAACAGACACAAUGAAGUCUGGCUCUUUGCUGACUAGAGCCCUAUAACUUCAAACGUGCAUUAUGCAGUUUCCUCUUAAGAAUUUUAGCCAAUAAUGUGAUAACGCAUUUACGUGGAUACUAAUAAGUUGUGUGUAGAUAACAAUUGUGAGUGAAUAAAACAAUUGUAGCAGGCCUAAAAUGUUAGGCAAGGAAAGGUAAAGAAACAAGUCUUCAACGUAAGGUUAAUCUACCUGUUUGUGGUAUGUGUAUGCUA